AUGGCUACUGAAGUAACACCGGAAGCUUUCACUGCUCCGACGCAGACUUUUCGUGAUAUGCCCCUAUUUCCGAACGAUGUGCCAACCGCACCUCUUCUUCGGUUAUCACUGGCCAAACUGAUCAAUCGUGAUCACGAUGAGAUCAAUCGAUUUGUGAGGGCUUGCGAAGACUUGGGAUUCUUCUAUCUGGACCUUUCUGGUCCCGGCGACUCCCUCCUUGCAGACGCAGAUCUACUUUUCCAGGUCGGCGAGCAACUUUUUGAUCUCCCCGUCGAUGAAAAGAAGAAGUACGAUUUUAUGCACAAGAAUAGCUACUUUGGCUACAAAGGUUUCGGUGCAAACGUAGUCGACAGACAUGGCAAUCUAGACCGCAAUGAAUUUUACAAUGUAUCAAAAGAUGACAUGCUCGGCCUCUCUGACCCUUGGCCGGCUCCUGAAGUUUUGAGCUCGAGGCGUUCCCUGAUGCAGUCAUUCAUCACAUCAGCACAUGGUAUCGUCACGUUGGUGCUGACACUGCUCAACGACCACCUGCGCUUGCCGCCGGGGACUCUACAAGACAUGCAUCGCUUAGAAGGCCAUUCAGGGGAUCAGAUUCGAUUCAUCAAAGCGCCACCACAACCGAUGGAUGAUAAAAGGACAGCAUUGGGUGAGCACACUGACUUUGGCAGUGUGACGGUUCUUUUCAACCGACUCGGGGGUCUUCAAGUCCUGCCACCAGGUCGAGAAGCCCAGUGGUGCUAUGUGAAGCCUCUACCCAAUCAUGCGAUCAUCAAUCUUGGGGACGCCAUGGUCAAAUUUACGAAUGGUCUACUGAGAUCAAAUAUACACCGGGUAGUCUCGCCGCCAGGCGAACAAGCAAACUACACAAGAUAUUCGCUCGUGUACUUUAAUCGACCAGAGGAUGAUGUUAUGUUGAAGAGACUCGAUACGAGCGAAUUGAUCCCGCCACUCGAGAAAGAUGAAGUCGAGGAGGAGAUCAACAGUAAAGACUGGAUCAUCAGACGAGCACUUGGACAUCGGCAUGCCAUUCGAGGCGAUAAGGCCUUUGAUUUUGACAGUAUCCGAGGCACUGAAGAAAAAAGCCAGAGAGCGUACCUUUGA